AUGAAGUACGCUUACACCGCCGCCGCUCUCGUCAGCCUUGCCCUUGCCGGCCCCGUCGUCGUCAUCGACGACUGUGUCAAGGGCUGCAACUCCGCCCAUGACGACUGCCUCGGCAAGCCGGACGCCCACCGCCCGACCUGCGCCUCCGAGUACGCUGGGUGCCUGGGCUACAACCCGUACGAGAAGCAGCCCUACGAGGCCCCGACCGCCUGCCGCAAGGGCGACAAGGAGCCGACUCACCCGCCCAAGCACGGCCAUGAGAGCAAGAAAGAGGAGGUUGUAGUCGAGCAGUGUGCGUGCGCCAAGGCCUGCACCGAGGAGUGGACUGCCUGCGGCAGCAAGCCAGAUGCCCACAAGCCGACGUGUGCCACCAAGUACACCAAAUGCAUCGGCUACAGCCCAUUCGGACCGGAUGGCGCCCACAUCCUCCCCAAGACCUGUGCCGAUGACGACGGACAUGCCGAGGGCCCUGGCGGUGUGGUUCGCGUCGUCGAAGUCCACGGCAAUGACGGCCACGAGUGUGCCAAGGUCUGCUACGCCAAGUUCAAUGCCUGCCGCGGCAAGCCCGAUGCCCACCGCCCCAGCUGCGACUCGGACUACAAGGGUUGCCUGGGCCACAACCCUUCCCCGGCGGCGGCGCUCCCGGGUACCCUGGCGGCUUUAUCCGCUUCCCCGGCGAUGAUGCUCCGGGUGUCCACUGCACUGGUGGGCCUGGCUCUCCGUGCCAUGGCGGUCCUGGCGGUCCUGGCUACCCGGGCCACCCUGAGCACCCUGAGCACCCUGGCCACCCUGGCCACCCUGGCCACCCUGGCCACCCAGACCACCCGGGCCACCCUGGUCACCCUGGCGGUCCCGGCUAUCCCGGCUACCCGGGCCACCCGGGCGGCCGCGAUCAUUGCACGGGCGGCCCCGAUUCUCCUUGCCACGGCGGCCCUGACUACCCGGGCCAUCCGGGCCACCCUGGUGGUCCGGGCUACCCCGGCCACCCGGGCGGCCCUGGCGAUCAUUGCACUGGCGGCCCCGAUUCUCCUUGCCACGGAGGACCUGACCACCCGGGCCACCCGGGCCACCCGGGCCACCCUGGCUACCCUGGCUACCCGGGCCACCCUGGCGAUCAUUGCACGGGCGGCCCCGACUCUCCUUGCCACGGCGGCCGUGACCACCCGGGCCACCCUGGCGGUCCUGGCUACCCCGGCCACCCGGGCGGCCCUGGCGAUCAUUGCACGGGCGGCCCUGAUUCUCCUUGCCACGGCGGACCUGAGCACCCUGAGCACCCUGAGCACCCCGAACAUCCUGAUCACCCGGGCCACCCUGAGCACCCUGGCCACCCCGAGCACCCUGAGCACCCUGAGCACCCUGAGCACCCCGAGCACCCCGAGCACCCUGAGCACCCCGAGCACCCUGAGCACCCGGGCGGCCCCGGCGCUCCUUGCACUGGCGGCCCUGAUUCUCCGUGCCAUGGAGGCCCAGGCGGCCCUGGCUAUCCAGGUCACCCGGGUGGCCCCGGCGGUCCCGGCUACCCUGGCGGUCCCGGCGGUCCCGGCUACCCUGGCGGUCCCGGCGCUCCUUGCACUGGCGGCCCCGAUUCUCCUUGCCACGGCGGCCCCAAGGGCCCUGGAGCCCCGGCCCGACGCGCACCGCCCGACUUGCGCGUCGGAGUACUCGAGCUGCCUGGGCUACAGCCCCUUCGGCCCUGACGGCUCCCUCAACACCCCGAAGUCGUGUUCCAAGGAUGGCCAGCCCCCGAACAAGGGCCCCGGCGGCGACUACCCCGGCAACAACGGCACCACUGGCACCGGCAACCUGCCCGAGGUGGUCGUUGCUGGCGGCGAGCACAUCAAGCCCGUCAUGGCGCUUCUCGCCCUGGGUAUCCUGGCUGUCCUGUAA